UUCUGCCUCUUGCCCUACUUUGACCUCUAUAUACUUACCUCCAUCCCCCCCAGUUAUCGACCUCCAUUUUUCAAUUGAUAAUCCAUCCUGCACUUGGUAUAAGUCUAUCCAUACACGUAUAUUCUCAAGGGUCCUCGCAAAGGGUCUCUCCGCUUACCCAUCAUUUUGAUUUUAUCCUCGCGCUCUCAGUGGUAUCGGGAACUCAGCACAAGAACCCUGAGGAUCGGCAUCCCGAUCUAUACGAACGACUAGUGAGUCGACUUGAGAAUCAAGAACACCACAAGUCUCUGUUUUGAAACCAAUUCUGCGCUCCUCGACCUGCUGCACAUAUCCAUUUAUCGUCUACUGAGGGGCACUACUAUCCGCGUUGUCCCCGGAAGCCAGCGGAGUUUGCGCACACUUAGCCGAUCGCCAAACCCACGACGUCAGCGGCGCCCAAACGAGCAAAAGAAAUCCUGCGGGACAACACAACGCUCGAGAAAAAAGCAAAAAAAGAGAAAAGAAAUUAUAUCCACUAUAUAUAUUCUAUAUCCUGAAGAAGGGCAGAAGAAAAUGUGCCGCCAAUACCUUACCUUGUACAACUGGUGCCAAUGCGAAGAAGAUGCAGGCUAUCAAGCGUGUGGCGCUGGCCCAGAGGUUUGUCCCGGUACCGGCUUCGAGACCGUCACUAUGCACUGCUUCUGCAACAAGCACGCCACCAAGAAGUUUACCACUGAGAAGAAACAUGCAAAGCACCAGAGAAAGCAGAGCCGAGCUUCGCUCUCUUCAGUCAAUACAUCUGGCUCUGGCUCUUCGCGCAAUUCGAGGUACUCGAACGAGAGUCUAGUUCAGGAGAAGGAUACCCAACAAGGGUCCGUGACGCGGAGAAGGUGGUACCGGAGGUGGUCGGGAAUUUUCUAAUCUGAUCAGAUCAUUCUUUUCAUUUUUUUUUUCCCUUUUUUUUUUUUUCAUUCUUUUCAAUUUUUCAUUCAAUCCUUUUUUUUCUUUCCUAUGUGGACGGCAUUCUGAUAUCAGGGUUGUUGGUGUUUGGUGCCGCAAAGAGCGUUUGGGUUUGAAAGGCGUUCUUGGGUGGAAUAUUUGUCAUGACUAUCACGAUCAAUCUGACUAGACACAGUAGAAAGGACUUUUGAUUAUGCAUACC